GGUGGAGUGGUCGAGUGUGUUUGAUGUACAUAUUUAUAUAUUGUAUAAGACGUCAUAUAUGUUUAAGCAUUGAGCUUAGUUAAAUUUGUUUGAAGAGCGCGUGGAUUGUUCCUGUCAACGCGGACAAUGCGCGCGUGAUGAAGACCAAGACGCGACGGUGGUCUCAAUUUCUGCUGGUUCCCAUCGCGCUGCUACUGCUGACCUGCCUAUUCUGUUGUCUACAAUUCAUUGAGUACGAGUAUGCGGACUUCGCGAGCUACGAGCAGACGCAAGUGUUUCCCAGUACUGCGGACCGCGUGCGCGUCGCCGAUGUCAUAGCGGUGCAUGAAUUUAUUGCUAGCGCACCACCAACACCAGCGCGCUCUCAAUCGGAUCUGUGGGAAUUUUACCAUUACAAUGUACGACGGAGCAAUGUAAUUGGCGCUUUUCGCGCGCUACCCGACACACGUGAUGGCAGCUGCAAUGCCCGCUCGUUACGUCAGACCGCUGCUCAGCGCACGCAUUCACGCAUCUCCGUCAUCGUCGCGUUUCACAACGAAGCGCGCUCCGCACUCAUACGCACCAUAAUGGCGUUGUAUCUACGCACGCCGCCUCGCUAUCUGCACGAGCUGAUACUGAUCGAUGAUUGCAGUGAGGAUGUCGAUUUGCUGCCCGCACUGCUUCGCCUCAAGCUACCACCAUUUAUGCGCAAUUUCUCAUCACCGCUGACCACAAAAUCUUCUGUCACGCAUUCCAAGUCAUCAUAUGCCACUUCCCCUCUCCCGCAAGUUACAAUUAAAACAGCGCGUAAUGCGCGUCGCUCGGGUGUGAUUGAGUCACGUAAUCGUGGCGCCCGCCUUGCCACCGGCGAUUAUUUACUCUUUCUCGAUAGUCAUUGCGAGGUUAAUGUAGGUUGGCUGGAGCCUUUACUGGAACGUUUGGCCGAAGGCGGUGGCGAUAGCGAUGGUGUGGUGGCGGUUAGUCCCGUGCUGGAUAGCAUUGAUGCCGAGUCAUUGGAGUAUACAGAGAGUUCCAAGAAUCUCAUGGGUGGUUUCGAUUGGAAUUUACAUUUUCAUUGGAUACCGCGACCACAUUCAGCACAAUCAAAACAACAACAGCAACAAGGACAGCGACGACAACAAUCAGCGCAAUUUAUAAAUGCGAAAACCGCAUAUUUACGGCAAUACGGCUGGGAGGGUCACCGAUUCAGCGGAGCGCGAAUUCGUCGCGACACAAAUAACGCCGCAAAGGCAUUCAAAAGUCCUACCUUUGCUGGCGGAAUUUUUAUGAUCUCCCGAGAUUGGUUUUUCAAACUGAACGGCUUCAACCCUUUGCUAGAGACCUGGGGUGGCGAGUCCAUUGAAUUCUCCAUUAAAUUGUGGCUUUGUGGCGGUCAAAUCGAGAUUGUGCCCUGCAGUCGGGUUGGACAUAUUUUUCGCAAACAGCAUCCAUUCCGUUUUCCCAAUGGCAGCGAUAGCCAGACAACGUAUCUAAGAAAUUCCAAAAUCAUCGCCGAAACAUGGCUGGACGCCUACAAAUACUUCUUUUAUGCUUCCAAGCCAGCUGCAAAACUUGUACCCGUUAACUUCACCGACAUACAGCUCAGUUAUCAAUUGAAAAGUGCACUCAAUUGCCGGCCAUUUUCCUGGUAUUUGCUGCAUGUUUUCCCACAACUCAAACUACCCAAUGAUGACUUCAUCGCAUUUGGCACUCUAAGCUCCGCCGAGCUUUGUUUGCAAAUCACCAAUCGUGCCACCAACAUCGACGAUGACCACCAGGCCAGUCAGUUGCAUAUGAGUAGCUGCUUUCGUAGUGACGUUACGCAUUGGUAUCUGCAUAGACGAAAUUCCCAAUUGCAGGCGAGUUCCGGUGCGUGUCUCCAUGUAGUGCAAAUACCGAAACGUUCGACGUUGCUGACGAGUUCGACGCGCGCAUCGCAUUUUCGUGUGGUGUUGCAGUCAUGCGUUGGCCAGGAUGCCGAUGAAAAUGGGCGCAAUCACAGUGAGAAUGAGGAGGCGGAGAAUCAGAGUCAACGUUGGCUCAGACGUGGCGGUUGGCUGGUGCACCAGCAGACGCAGCUAUGUCUCGAUAAUCCGCUAAGCGAUGUGUUGGUUGUCAGUCAUUGCCGUAAUGCAGCACCGUCACAGCUGUUUCGCUUUGCCAUGGAGCUGCAGCGCUUGUAAGAGGUCUGAGUGAAGGUGCUGUGGAAAUGUGUAUGUGUGCCCGUAUAAUGAUGUGUUUUUGGCUAGGUACUCAGGCGAAAAUGAAAAAAAACUUAAAAGGAAAUAUGAAAGCAACGGAAAACUGGUAGUGCAACGGCAGCAAUGGUGGUACACUUGCGGAAGUAAAAGGAAUUAGAAGGCAUCUCUGCAGUGU